UUGUGAGCAGAGCAGGCACGUGAAAGGGGAGGCGAUAGCUAGUAAGCGGCUCCUGGCCUGGUGCUACUAUGGCUAGUGACGAGGACAUUUGCUCCCCCUUAGGCUUAAAAUCGUUCGUUUGGAGGCACUUCGGAUUCCAGAAAAAAGAUGGAUCAACGGACAAGAGGCGUGCUGUUUGCAAAUUCUGCCAUGCGGUGAUAAAAUACUCUGGGAACACCACAAAUCUCGCCGCACAUCUAAAAAAAAAACACGACAUCUCUCCCUCAAGCAGCGACCGCGAAAACAACACAGACACGACGCCCUCCGUGAACACAUUUUUCCCCCAAAUGCUAAGUAAAAACUCUAAACGAGCUAAAUCCAUCACUGCUGCAAUUUCAUAUCAUAUUUGUAAAGACUUGAGACAGUUUAGUAGCGUGGAGGGUGAGGGAUUUUCCGAGUUGAUGAAUACGCUAGAGCCCAGAUAUACAAUACCAUCGAGACAGUACUUUAGUGAAACACGUGUACCACGUCUAUAUACCUGUGUUAAAGCGGAGGUAUUACACGAACUAAAGGAAGCAGGACGGGUUGCUAUCACUGCAGAUGGAUGGACUUCUCGCUCAACUGAAGCCUACAUUAGUGUCUGUGAGGAUGACAUGCCACUGAUCAAAGAAAUGAAACAAACAAUGGCCAAAGAGCUCAAGCAUCGUUACACAGAUGUCCAAGAAAGGAGGGAUGCCAUGUUCAAGAAUAUCAUAAAUGAGGCUGCACACUUGUGGGACCAAAAAGAAGACACACAGGCUCAUGAUGGCACUGCAAUGGAGGAAACUCACACAACACACCCAUCUGAAGAGGCAUGUGAUGAUGAGCUCCAUGCUUCAGAAUAUGUUCCUGUCUCAAAAAAAAACAAAGCAAUGGAGGAUCUGUUUGGGGACACAUACACUGCGAGCAGCAACUUCGUGAAAACAUCCAAGCAGCUGGCAGAGAUGGAAGUAUAUAGAUACAAAGAGACUGAAUUAUUAACACUCAAAGGUAAUCUGUUAGAAUGGUGGGGAAGUCAUGAAAUGGAGUUUCCCCUCCUUGCAAAUCUAGCCAAAACCUAUCUCUGUAUUCCUGCAACAAGCGUGCCCUCCGAGCGUGUAUUCAGCACUGCAGGUGACAUUGUCCGCUCAGAACGUAGUGUUUUGACACCUGAGCAUGUCGAUCACUUGAUUUUCUUGAAGAAGAACCUAACAAAGAACGCACUAAUAUUAAUAAUAAUAAAUAAUAAUAAAUUUCAAUGCACUAAGCAAACAUGUGACAAACUACUUUUGAUUUUUUACUACAUGUAUUAUUGGCCAUAUUGAACAGUUCAAAGAGUAAACACCGUGUAAUGUUAAAAUUCUAUAUAAAGAGUUAUAAAUUAAGUUAUUUUUGUUUCAUAGAAGAGUUAAAUGACAACAUACAUAUUUUAUUUAUGUAUAGUUCUCUGGUAUUGCAAAUUUUUUUUUUGCAUUUGGGUGCUCAAGGUGUAAUGUUUACUACUUUCAUUAUAAAGAACUUGUUUUUGUUUUGUUCAGUAAUGCACUUUAUCAUAAAUUUCAAUGCACUAAGCAAACAUGUGACAAAGUACCUUUGAUUUUUUACUACAUGUUGUAUUAUUGGCCAUAUUGAACAGUUCAAAGAGUAGACACCGUGUAAUGUUAAAAUUCUAUA